CGCGGCGCCCACGUGACGGACGAGGUCCCGCCCUGCAGGCCUGGCGCUCGCCCCGCCUGCAGCCUCCCGCCUUCUGCGAGUGAGGCCUCGGCUUCGGCGGCACCAGUUGACGGGCCGCGGUGGUGAGGGGUAUUGUGGCUAUCAGGAUGGCAGAGGAGCAGGAGUUCACCCAGCUGUGCAAGUUGCCGGCACCGCCCUCCCAGCACUGCAUCAACAACACCUACCGCAGCGCGCAACACUCCCAGGCCUUGCUCCGGGGGCUGCUGGCUCUCCGGGACAGUGGGAUCCUCUUUGAUGUUGUCCUAGUGGUGGAAGGCAGACACAUCGAGGCCCAUCGCAUCCUGCUGGCUGCGUCCUGUGAUUACUUCAGAGGAAUGUUUGCUGGGGGAUUGAAGGAGAUGGAGCAGGAAGAGGUCCUGAUCCACGGUGUGUCCUACAACGCCAUGUGCCAAAUCCUGCAUUUCAUAUACACCUCCGAGCUAGAGCUCAGCCUGAGCAAUGUGCAGGAGACACUGGUGGCUGCCUGCCAGCUUCAGAUCCCAGAAAUUAUCCACUUCUGCUGUGAUUUCCUCAUGUCCUGGGUGGAUGAGGAGAACAUCCUCGACGUCUACCGGCUGGCAGAGCUGUUUGACUUGAGCCGCUUGACUGAGCAGCUGGACACCUACAUCCUCAAAAAUUUUGUGGCCUUCUCGCGGACUGACAAGUACCGCCAGCUUCCGCUGGAGAAGGUCUACUCCCUCCUCAGCAGCAAUCGCCUGGAGGUCUCGUGUGAGUCUGAGGUGUACGAGGGAGCCCUUCUCUACCAUUACAGCCUAGAGCAGGUGCAGGCCGACCAGAUCUCACUACAGGAGCCCCCCAAGCUCCUCGAGACAGUGCGGUUUCCCCUGAUGGAGGCUGAGGUUCUCCAGCGGCUGCAUGACAAGCUGGACCCCAGCCCACUGAGGGACACAGUGGCCAGUGCCCUCAUGUACCACCGUAAUGAGAGCCUGCAGCCCAGUCUCCAGGGCCCACAUACGGAGCUGCGGUCGGACUUCCAGUGUGUCGUGGGCUUUGGGGGCAUUCAUUCCACACCAUCCACUGUCCUCAGUGACCAGGCCAAGUACCUAAACCCCCUGCUGGGAGAGUGGAAGCACUUCACUGCCUCCUUGGCCCCCCGCAUGUCCAACCAGGGCAUCGCAGUGCUCAACAACUUCGUGUACUUGAUUGGAGGAGACAACAAUGUCCAAGGAUUCCGAGCCGAGUCCCGAUGCUGGAGGUACGACCCACGGCACAACCGCUGGUUCCAGAUCCAGUCCCUGCAGCAGGAGCACGCCGACCUGUGUGUGUGUGUUGUGGGCAGGUACAUCUACGCUGUGGCGGGCCGGGACUACCACAACGACCUGAAUGCUGUGGAACGCUAUGACCCUGCCACCAACUCCUGGACCUAUGUGGCCCCGCUCAAGAGGGAGGUGUAUGCCCAUGCAGGCGCGACACUGGAGGGGAAGAUGUAUGUCACCUGCGGCCGCAGAGGGGAGGACUACCUGAAAGAGACACACUGCUAUGACCCAGGCAGCAACACCUGGCACAACCUGGCUGAUGGGCCUGUGCGGCGUGCCUGGCACGGCAUGGCAACCCUCCUCGACAAGCUGUAUGUGAUUGGGGGCAGCAACAAUGACGCUGGCUACAGGAGGGAUGUGCACCAGGUGGCCUGCUACAGCUGCACAUCCGGGCAGUGGUCAUCUGUCUGCCCACUCCCAGCUGGGCACGGCGAGCCUGGCAUUGCUGUUCUGGACAACAGGAUCUACGUGCUGGGUGGCCGCUCUCACAACCGCGGCAGCCGCACAGGCUACGUGCACAUCUACGACGUGGAGAAGGACUGUUGGGAAGAGGGGCCCCAGCUGGACAACUCCAUCUCAGGCCUGGCAGCCUGCGUGCUCACCCUGCCCCGCUCCCUGCUGCUCGAGCCGCCCCGAGGGACCCCUGACCGCAGCCAGGCUGACCCAGACUUCGCCUCCGAGGUGAUGAGUGUGUCUGACUGGGAGGAGUUUGACAACUCCAGUGAGGACUAGGCUUCCAGUGCCUGGUGUCAGAGGGAAGGGUGGUAGGGCUGCCAUGGCCGUGAAGCCCCCGUGGCCUAGGCUGGAGCACUUUACUUUGGGGCAGGGGCCCUGCCCUGGCACUCAUGGCUGGCUGGCCCCUUCCCCUUUCUUCACACAAGCCCCUAGGCCGCGGGUGUCUGCAGGGCCCAGGCAGAUUGUAGCUGUGGAUUACAUUACAGUGGAAAAUCCUCCUGAAAGGCUUUGGUCCUUGAAGGAGUUGACCAGGCCCCGCCCUGCUUAGUGAGCCCUAAGAGGGCUCACAGGUCACCAGCUGGCUCAGCCUUCUCUUCCUCCCUGGAGGGCUGAGGAGGUCCCUUCCCCAAAGGGACCUGGGAACUGGCAGCCCUGGCUUGGAGGCCUGAGGCAGGUCACAUCCCUCUUUCUGAAUGGGGUGGGGCUGGGUGAGCAGCUGGGGCUUGAGAGGUUGAGGGCUCCCCUCGGGGGCAGCAGGGAGCAAAGAUACAUAAACUUGCCUGGAACUGUUCUAGUGAUAAAAAGACCAAGACCCCAAACCGCUGGGUUUUUCCGACUCCAUGAUCUUGAUAAAUGAAAUAAAGCAUCUUACAAAAGGUGUUAACUGUU